AUGUCCAGGAUGUUCAUGAAGUUUUCUGGUUUCAAGCGGCGCAGGAACAGCAGAAAGAAGCUCAAGAGUACGUCCCGUUUGUUCCUGGGGUUGGGGAAGAGAAGAACCCGACUUGCCAAGAAGAAACGCCGCAAGUCAAUGCUGAAGAACACCUCUCGAUUCAUGAUGAGGUUUAAGGCCAGCAAAAAGAGGAAAAAGGAGAAAGAGCAAGCAGCGGCAAAUGGUGGGAAGAAGCCAACUUAUAUGCUGCUUCGCCUGGGCGGAGGGAAUAAUUCAAAUGAGAAGAAGGGGGGCUUCUUUAAAGGCUUAUUUAAAAAAAAGGAUGGUGACGGGUCUCCUGAUGAGUUCAAGAACAGAAGUCUCUUGCUGGGUAAGGUUGCAGCAGCAACUAACUGGCUGACCAAACGUUUCCUGUCAACUAAAAUGGGAGGAAAUUCAGAGCACCGUGGUUGGGGGGGACGUAGAGCGAAUAGCCGACAUGCCAGCUCUAGACGAUAUCCCCAUGGUUACCAAAAUGAUGGUUAUGAACAUGGGGAUGAGGCUUACGGAUACAACCAGGGACAUUCAAUUGGCCAGAAAGGUUAUGGGGACUAUUAUGAUGGUUAUGGGGGUUAUGGAGAUGAGGCAGCUGCAGCAUACGGAGACCAAGGUCAGAUCGGUUACUAUGACAAUGGGGCAGGGGUAGCAGACCAUCAGGACUUGGGUUACUAUGAGGAAGAUGUUCUUUAUGAUCCCACUACCGAAUAUUAUGAAGAAGGCCUUUACAAUGAGGGCAUGGAGGACUACUACAACCCUUAUCCCUCUGCCCAAGGCCAUUACAACCAGGAAGCUGAUCCCUAUGGUUACCAGCAACAACAGACAAUGGCUAUGUAUGGUGAUGAGGUUGUGGACUAUUAUGCGCCAAUGGGUGAUCACAUGUAUGGAGGAGCAGUAGAUGGAUUCCUCGACCCUCAGACUCAGGGUUUUUAUGAUGAAAAUGGUCAAGGAGUUUUCUACGAUGAUGGACAAGGAGACUAUUAUGACAAUGGACAUGCAGGUUAUUAUGAGAACCCCUAUACAGCAACUAUGGGGAUGCAAGGGGGUUUUCAACCAGACCACCAACUUAGCUUUACUGAUGCUGGCAUGCCCUAUCAGGAAUACAGCUCUCAACAGGCAAUGGGUUUCCCACCAGUAGGCCAGCAGGUCUUCAGAGGACAGGGGAUGAAUCAGGUGCAGGGCCUGCCCGGGGACCAGUAUGCAGACCAGAUGGCUCAAUAUGGGAAUGAUGUCGGUGGACUUCAGGGAGGGGAGAUUGCAUUCAGAGUUCCCAGACCUCAAGUGCGCCUUUUUGGUAAAGAGCGUCUGGAAGUGCCCCUGCCCCCUCCCCCUACUUUGCCACCUGAUCCGGAAUUUGAAGAUAUGUCAGAAAUCCAAUAUGAAGACCAGAUUCCUCUUGCUCCAGGUCAACUCGGUGACAUGAUGUCAUUACGGCCACAAAUGGCAAUGUCGCCGCAGCAACAAAUGAUGAUGUCUGCUCAAGAUCACAUGAUGAUGGCCCCACAGAUAAUGUCACAGCAGCAACCGAUGAUGAUGCAACAAGAACAGAACAUGUCCCCCCAAAUGAGCCCACAAGAACAGAUGAUGUCACAGCAAAUGAUGUCCCCACAAGAACAGAUGAUGCAAAUGAUGUCACCACAAGAACAGAUGAUGUCACAGCAAAUGAUGCUGCCGCAGCAACAGGUGGCUUCUCAGUUGAUUUCACCACAGAUGAUAUCAGAUCCAAUGAUGAUGCCACAACAGCAGGGCUAUGGCCCACCAUUAAUCCCUACUCCAACUGCCAUGAUUAUUAAACAAGCAAGUAUGUCCCCUCGUCCUGCACGCCAUAUGCUACCCUCUCCGACUCCAUCCCGCCGCUCUGUCAUGAUGCCACGCCACCCCUCUGCCAUGCCUUCACCUGUGCCCUCUCCUAUGCUUCCACGUAGACGAAGCCCCUCUCCACAACCCUCCAUGAGGAGUGGGCUCAUAAGUGCUCAAAGACCCCCCUCUGUUAUGUCAAGACAGAUCUCACCUCCUGUAUCUCCCAUGGCGUCCCCCCUUGCCCACCGUAGAAUGCAGCCUCAGAGAUCACCUUCUCCUCCAGCUCGAGGACCCUUAGCCCCUCAUUCUCCUCAUGCUUCUUUGAUACAGCGAAGUCCAACAACCUCAGCAAGAGUAUCAAUGAGGCAACGUUCUCCACCUUCCUCACCACGUGCUUCCAUGAGGAGGCGCAGUCCCCCAGCCUCACCCACUGCCGCUCGCAGUCCAUUUGGGCAGAGGAGGAUGCAUGGGCCACCCUCUGCUCCACUCUCCCCUGGUCAUGUAUCUCCCCCUCUCUCUCCACAGCUCAGCAGGAGACCAUCUCCCUCUCCAUCUCAUCGCAGUUUAUCCCCUGCAGGGCACCGUCCAGCCCCAUCCUCCCCCACCCUUUCUCGCCGCUCAACUCGGCUGCUCAGAGACCCCACCCCCUUACCCAGGCCCAGGAUGGGGGGAAAUGUUCCUUUAGGUACUGUCAGACCCUCCCCUAUGGGUCUCAGAGGGCGUCCAGUGCCCCCACCCACCCAAAAUGUGCGUCCAUUCCGCGCUUCCUCUAUGAGGAGCAAUAGGUCCUCUGUUCUCACAGUAGACUCCCUCCACUCUUCCCCUUUCCACUCCCCUCACAUGGUCCACCGUGCUCCCCUCGGGAGGAGAGAAUCUGGUCGGUUUCCUCCUCGCCCUAUAGCUCGAGGACGUCCCCUUAUGCAGCCUAUGAGAAGGAUGCCUCCUGCUUCUCCUCAACUGUCUCUGAAACACCAUCCUGCAUCCCCACGCCUCUCUCCUCGACUCUCCCGUCAGCCCUCUCCCCUCCUGCCUCCUCGAGCUUCCCAUCCACCUGUUUAUGCACCAGAAGCAUACUUGUCUGACCCAUAUGCUGAUCCUUACGCUGAUCAGCUUGUUGCUCCCUCUUCUCCCAGGCUAUCUAAUGCUUUGCAGAAUCAGGCCAUCCGGCAGGCGUCUUUUUAUUCACCCCUUGGCCCAGAGGUGGUAGGCAUGGGUGAAAUGGCUCCUGAAUAUGAAGAACCUUAUUAUCCCUCAUCCCCUACCUUAUCUGGUGCAAUGCAAAUCCAGGCCAUUCGGGAUGCAUCCUAUGUUUCCUCACUGCAGAGACCAAUGUCACCUUAUGAGCAGCCUAUGGCUCCCUCAUCUCCCACGCUGUCUGGGGCACUGCAGAAUCAGGUUCUACGAGAUUCAUCCUAUGUUUCUCCUUUACAAAGACCAAUGUCCCAUUAUGAACAACCCAUACCACCUUCUUCUCCAAUGCUCUCUGGAGCUCUGCAGAAUCGGGCAGUGAGAGAUGCAUCRUAUGUGUCUACCCUUCAGAGGCCUCAGUCRCCAUAUGCUGGAUCUGUGCCUUCAUCUCCAAUGCUCUCUGGAGCUCUGCAGAAUCGGGCYGUGAGAGAUGCAUCRUAUGUGUCUACCCUUCAGAGGCCUCAGUCRCCAUAUGCUGGAUCUGUGCCUUCAUCUCCAAUGCUCUCUGGAGCCAUGAGACAUGGUCAGGCACUGAGGGGUGUAGCUUCUUAUCAGACUCCACAGCUUCGUUCACCAUAUGGGCCAACUGUCGUUACCCCAUACGAUUAUAUCUCUGAGCCUGGCCCAGCACCAUUGCUCCAUGAUGCCCUGCAGAACCGAGCUGACUUGCAAAGUGUUUCAUCUUUACGAUCACCAAUGAUGCCACGCCGAAAUCCUUAUGCCCCGGCUGGGCCUCACGUCCACAGUGCAUUACAGCAGAACCUUAACCUCCGCCAAGCAUCUUAUCAGACACCUAUGCAGCUCAGACGGUCCCCUUAUGGGCCCCCACCACCUUCUUCGCCAAUGCUGGGAAGUGCCCUGCAAAACCCACAGAUGAUGCAGGCAUCGUACCGCCUGCCAGACGGAACCUUGGUGUCACCAUAUGCAAAUUCACGUUCCUCCCCUUUGCUUGGCAAUGCUUUGCAAAACCAACAAGUCCGUGGCGCCUCAUACACAUUGCCCGAUGGAUCAGUUAUCAGGGACCCACGUGUGCCCCAGAAGCCCAUGUCUCCUAACCUUUCCAGAGCUCUUCAGAACCAGGAUCUCAAGACUGCUUCAUAUACUCUCCCUGAUGGCACCAUUAUAGACCCCAGACAGCAACAAUCUAUCUCCCCAAACCUGGCUAAGGCCCUGACCAACCCAGCUCUGCGUGAAGCCUCUUACUCUCUUCCUGAUGGCACCAUCGUGAUUGACCCCAGGAAACCAAAGUCCCCGAACCUGUCAGCCGCACUUCAGAACCCGUACCUGAAAAGCGCAUCGUACAUGCUGCCAGAUGGCACUAUCAUCAUUGAUCCACGGAAACCUGUCUCUCCAAACCUGUCCAAUGCUCUUCAAAACUCUAUGCUGCGAGACGCAGCCUUCAAAUUGCCAGAAGGAAUUCAUGACCCUAAUAUACCCUUAACACCACACCUGACCAAGGCUCUCAACAACCCUGCCUUGAAAGGAGCUUCAUACACGCUCCCAGAUGGAACUAUUAUAGUGGAUCCAAGGAAACCAAAGAGCCCCAAUCUGAUGGCUGCCCUGCAGAACCCCUAUCUAAAGGGUCUCUCAUAUACCCUGCCUGACGGAACCAUCAUUAUAGACCCACGGAAACCCGUUGCCCCUGACCUGUCUAAGGCUCUUUUGAACGAGAACCUUCGAAACGCAUCAUACCAGCUCCGUGACGGUUCCCUGGUUAUCCCCGGCCAGAAGCCCAACCUUGCAGGUGCCCUGAGGCAAAACAAGGCACUUCGAUCUACAGGUCUCUAUCAUCUGUCAGAAAACUCUGCACUGUCAGGCGUCCCUAAACCCACCCCUCCCAACCUCUCCUCUGUGCUGAAGAACGAGGAACUCCGUGGUGUCAGUUACAGGCUGCCGGAUCGAUCUCUUCUCACGCGACGGUUCCACAACCCCAGUCUGUCUGACGCCAUCCAAAACCAGAAUCUUCGCUAUGCGUCAUACAGGGUCCCAACAGGCCUGCAGGGUGAGGAUAACCGCUACGCUGUGAUUCCUCCCUAUGGGCCACACUCAGGCCACUGGGCCAGGAAUACCCGAGGAGGUGGAGGGGAGGGAGGGGAAGACGUUUGGGCAGCUGAGAGGGUUUUACCACAUGGGACAGUCCAGAAUCUGACAAAGUGGGCCAUGUACAAAGAAGACGGAGUGCUGGAAGGAUAUUUCCCCACAUCUCGAUUUUUGGACGGACAGCAGGACCCAGACUGGACUCCUGACAGAGAUAGAGCACCUGGUCAAAGCUGGUAUGACAAGAUCUUCUCCAUCCUGAGCAUGCCCACAACAGGCCACAGGGUGAAGAACUGGGCAGAGGGAAUGGAGGACAUGACACAGCUGCCUGAGCUGAAUGAGACCACAGUUCUGAUGAACCUGAAGAAGCGCUACGACCAGGAACUCGUUUAUACGUACAUAGGCAGCAUCCUUGUGUCUGUCAAUCCUUACAAGUUGCUGAACGUUUACGGCACAGACGUGGUGCUUCAGUAUGAAGGCCGCGGCCUGGGCGACAACCCUCCUCAUCUUUUUGCCAUUGCUAACCUCUCAUACACCAACAUGAUGGAUGCCAAAAAGGACCAGUGUAUCGUGAUCAGCGGAGAAAGCGGGUCAGGAAAGACAGAAGCUACAAAACUAAUCCUGCGUUACUUGACAGCCAUACAUCACAAACGCAACAUCACACAACAGAUAGAGAUCCUGGAGGCCAUGCCCCUGUUGGAAUCUUUUGGGAAUGCCAAAACCGUGCGCAACGACAACUCUUCACGCUUUGGCAAAUACACUCAGAUCUACAUGGAGGAGGGUGUAAUCAGUGGUGCCAUAACGUCUCAGUACCUGUUGGAGAAGUCUCGCAUUGUCUUUCAGGCCAAAUCAGAGAGGAACUACCACAUCUUCUACGAGAUGUUAGCUGGUCUUCCUCCCCAUGAGAAGAGCUCGCUGUAUCUGCAGGAAGCUGAGACUUACUACUAUCUGAAUCAGGGAGGGGAUUGUACCAUAGAGGGGAAGGAUGACGGAGAGGACUUCAGGCGUCUGCUGAGUGCCAUGGACACACUGCAUUUCACCCCAGAGGAGCAAACCGGCAUCUACAGACUGCUGUCCUCUGUUCUUCAUCUGGGGAACGUUUACUUCCAGCCACACCAGGCUGAGGGUCAGAAGGUUGCGUCUGUGGUGAGUGGGCAGGAGAUCAGGGUUGUGGCUGAGCUGCUGCAGAUCUCACCCGACGGCCUGCAGAAAUCUGUCACCUUCAAGCUGACAGAUACAGUGCGAGAGAAGAUCUACACCCCGCUCACAGUGGAGAGUGCUGUGGAUGCCAGAGAUGCUGUUGCCAAGAUCCUGUAUUCGCUACUGUUUAGUUGGCUGACAGAGCGCAUCAACGGACGGGUCUACCCUCGCAACGAAGCCCUCUCCAUCUCCAUAUUGGACAUAUAUGGAUUUGAGGAGCUACAGGUGAACAGUUUUGAGCAGUUGUGCAUCAACUACGCCAACGAAACUUUGCAGUUCUUUUUCAACAGGGUCGUCUUCCAGGAGGAGCAGGAGGAGUACAUGCGGGAGCAGAUCGAGUGGCAGCAGAAGCCUUUUAGCCACAACCAGGCCUGUCUUGACCUCAUUGCUGCUAAGCCUCAUGGGAUACUGCGGAUACUGGACGACCAGUGCGGUUUCCCUCAGGCAACAGACCACACCUUCCUUCAGAAGUGCCACUAUCACCAUGGAAACAACCCGCUGUAUGCCAGGCCAAAGAUGCCACUGCCAGAGUUCACCCUGAAACACUACGCUGGGAGAGUCACCUAUCAGGUGACUAAAUUCUUGGAUAAGAACUUCGACAUGGUCCGUCAGGAUGUUUUAGACCUCUUCACCCAGAGCAGGAACAAAAUGGUGUCCAGCCUCUUCCUGAAGCACUCAGAGUCUGUGUCUCAGCAGCGGUCGAAUGGUCGACGCAGCAGCGCGGCGCGGCGCUAUCAAGCCAACACGGUCAGUGCGAAGUUUCAGAGCAGCCUGCAGGAGCUGCUGGAGAAGAUGGAAAGGUGUAACCCUUAUUUUGUGCGAUGCAUCAAGCCAAACCAUCAUAAGGAGCCAGGAGCAUUUGACAUGGAGUUGGUCAACGCUCAGCUGCAUUACUCUGGUAUCAUGGAGACCAUCCUUAUCAGGAAGGACGGUUAUCCAAUCAGAUUGAACUUUCACAGUUUCCUAUCAAGGUAUAAAGGCCUCCUCUGCCUGAAGGAUCUUCCGCCUGCAGACGGUGAAAACUGUGUCAUCAUGCUUCACAAGCUCGGCCCGGUGAAGAACGGCUCGUACCAGCUGGGAGUCAGUAAGAUUUUCCUGAAAGAGGAGUUGUAUCAGCUGCUGGAGGGGAAGCGUGACCGUGUGCUGCACCUCGCUGCCAUGACGCUGCAGAGAUACACUCGCAUGUAUUUUGUCCGAAAGAACUUUAUCAAGUUCCGGCGCCGUUUGACGCUGUUCGAAGCUCGCUGCAGAGGCUACGUGGCGAGAGUAAAGUUUGCUCUGAGGAGGAAGUACCUCAUAAGGUUCCGCUCAGCCGUGCUGCUUAUUGUCAACCGCCAGCGUUACAUGAGGACAGUGCUGGAGCCAGCGAGGAAGGCAGAGGAGGAUCGAGUCAAUAGAGAAGUAGUGAAUGUGACAACGCUGCCUAUCCCUGCUGAGCUGGCAGCCCUGCUGCAAGUCGCCUCAGGUGGUGAAGAGCUUCAUUCUGACUGCUUGGCUGUGGUCCAGGCUCCAAAGGUUCAGGUUGACCCUCAGCUCACCCUGCCCCUGGAUAUCAACAACUACCUCAUGACACACUACGUCCGGGCCAUAUUUAGGGAGCCAUUGUUCGGGUUGCUGACUGCUCCACUGGAUUGUUCUCUGAUCAGACUGGAUGAGGAUCUGAAACAAAGAUCCCUGAACAUUUUCAUUCUGAUACUCAGGUUCAUGGGUGAUCCCAACCUGAAUGGGGCUCAGGAGAAUCUGUUUGGGAACUACAUCAUCCAGAGAGGACUGGCCAAUCCCAGCCUCCGAGAUGAGAUCCUGGCUCAGGUAGCCAAUCAGGUUUGGAGGAAUCCGAACAUUUUGAAUUCAGAGCGUGGUUGGCUCCUCCUCUCCUCUUGUCUCUCUGCCUUCCUGCCCUCUCAAAGACUGGCCAAGUACCUGCUGAAGUUUGUGUCUGACUACGGUCCGGAGGGCUACAACUGCGUGUGUCAGCACCGUCUGCUUCAGGCUCUGCAGCGGCUGAACGUCGGGCCGGAGUACGUCCGGACCUACCCGCCCUGUCUACUGGAGUGGACAGCCAAUCGCAAGAGAGCUCACACUGUCCUGCACAUACACUGCUUUGAUGGUGUAUCCUUCCUGUGUCCUCUACACUCCUGGACAACAGGAGAAGAAAUGGCCAAAGACAUCUUACAACACAGGGGUGUGGUAGAGGGCCGUCGAGGCUGGUCGGUGCUGUUGAAGGAGCCGGCUCAGUGGGUGGAGCUGGAGGGCUCGGACUAUGUCCUGGACUUGAUGUCGGACCUGGAGCUUCCUGCCGACUUCCCCAAACACAGCAGCUACUUCAUCAUCUCUGCACAGGAACCCACCAGAGUGCGGCCCAAUGCCAGCAUAAGCCUGUUGGGCGGUGGGUUUGACACAAAGGAUGAUUUCACAACUUCACCCAUACUUGGCAAUGAUGACUCGGAGCCUCAGAGAGGGAUGGAUCGUUAUCUCGACAGCCUGUUUGACCCUGUGCUGUCUGAUGGAACUGGGGAAGUAGAGUCGGCCGCAGGACUCUCCAGCAGGAUGAAGGGGGCUGGGGGAGUCGGAGGGGGUUGGCAUCAGCAGGGGCAGUCCACGGGCCCCCCACCUCCACCUGGAGCUGUGAGAGUCCUUCCCGUGGGAGGUGUGAUGUCGCCUCCUGUUGCAGCCGUGGCACCUGUGACACCUGAUGCACAGCAGGCUGUUUUGGCCCGGCAGCAGCAGGCAAUCGUGAACCAGCAGGCCAUCAUCAUGGCUCAGCAGAUGACCAUGCAGGCCAUGGCCAUGGUCAGCCCAGUGUCAAGCCCUCCCAUGUCCCCGAUCACAAGCCCUCCCUCGAGUCCCCUGCCUCACCACCCUACCAGCCCAUACGCCCCGAGCCCGUACGCUGUCAUACCUCCAAGUCCGUACGCUAACAUCCCGCCCAGCCCUUACGCCAACUUCACUCCCACUCCCUACGCUGCCACACAAAUCCCGCCGAGCCCCUACCCUCCUACUGCUCAGCAGGAACAAGCUCCCUCACAGCCUCAAGCUCAGCCCCCCGCCGAGCCCCAGACGCAGCCCGGAGCUCGGCCUCAGCCUCGGGCCGACAACCCCAAACCUCAGCUAAGCUCCACUGACACUAACCAGAAUGAGCCGGCAAAGCCUAAAGCUAACCCGGCCGCACAGAUGCCGCAUCCCAGUGACUCCAAGGACUACAGACCGGUGGCACUGACGUCCCACAUCAUGAACACCCUGGAGAGACUCGCCCUGGAGAAGCUCAGGCCCGUGGUCAGGACACACUUGGAUCCCCUCCAGUUCGCCUACCAGCCCCAGCUAGGAGUCAAGGACGCCAUCAUCUACCUGCUGUCUACGCCCACCUGGACAAGCCGGCUAGCACUGUGA